CUCUCGAGCGCGGUCAACGACCAUGUCACUCUUGACCAAGAUAGCACACAACAACCGCCUGUCGCUCGCAACCCGCGACAUCAAGCAGCUCCAGGAGAUCAUCAGCUCGGAACGUCGCCUCGUCGAGCAGACUCAGCGCCUUGCGUCCGAGCGGGACAAGGCGAGCACGACGCUGCGAGAGUGGGGCAAUGCAGAAGGUCCCGACCUCGAAGACGUCCUCGGCAAGGUGUCGGUCCUCCUCGAGUACCUCUCCAAGGCAGAGCUCACUUUCGCCGAUCACAACAGCAACUAUCGUCUGCGCUUCAAGGAGAUCCGCUCCAAGGAGGAGAAUCUGUCGGCGCUCAAGAAGUCGCGCGACUCGCUCGCGGGCCGCAUCGACGCGCAGGAGCGCAAGGUCAGCAAGAUGAAGGACGAGAACAAGGACCUGCCGACGCAGCGACAGCGCCUGCGCGACAUGCAGCAGGAGAUGAUCGGCCUCGAGAACACGGUCCUCGUCGACGAGACUCGGCUGAGCGACUUCAAGCGCACGGCGACUCGUGAGGCCCUGUCGCUCAAGCUCGGCGCCAUGCUCGAGCUCGCCGAGAAGACGGUCAUCGUCUCUGAGCUCGGCAAGCUCAUCGUCGACAUGCUCCCGGUCGACGAGACCGAGCCCGGCCAGCCUCGCCCGUACUACGAGGGCCACCAGCGCACCGAGGAGCUCCUCGGCGAGGCGCAGCGCUGCCUCCAGGACGUCGUCUUCAACCCGUCGCCGCUCACCGAGGGCAUGUCGCACUCGGCCCAGCACCAGCAGCAGCACCAGCCAGGCCAGUACGAGCACGAGUACCAGCAGUACGGCGACGGCUCGGCGCACCCGACCAACCAGUUCGACGACUCGGGCAUCCGGGCCGUCAGCCACCCGUCGAGCGAGUUCGGCACGCACACGCCCGGCGGCGGCCAGUGCCUCGACAGCUCGUACUCGUCGCACCAGGCGCCGCAGCAGCACGACCCGCACUCGGGCCCGCAGCUCCAGCCGCUGCCCGACUUUCGCCCUCUGAGCGUCGUCGCGCCCAACAACGGCUCGGACCCGGCGGCGAGGCAGCCCUCGUACAACGACGGCGGCUACGCUGCACCAGAUGCCGCCUCGCCACGCUCGCCGACCGGGCCCGCCGACAGCUACGGCUCGCGCGCGCCAAUGCUCGCCGCGCCCGCGCACGACGAGCGGUACAACCCGGACCGCUCGAGCCUCGCGUACAUGGGCGAGGCGCCGACGAGCCCGUCGUCGUACCAGCAGCACCACCGCGAGCCGGCGGUCCAGGAGGAGGACGAGCGGGCGCUCGACGGCAACGACCACGCGCGCGAGGUCGCCGAGCGCGAGGCGCAGCAGCACCGCGACUACGAGCAGAGCGCGCAGCAGCACUAUCAGCCCGAGCAGCAGUACGAGGCGUACCCGUACUCGCCGCCCGCCGAGCACCACGAUGGGCAGGCCGGCCUCGGCUCGGCGCCGGCUCACGGCGACGAGCACGACGACGGCGUCGCUCGCCGCGACAUGCACGGCGAGAUGCCCACGAGCUCGGUCCCGUUGAGCCCCAUCACCGAGAUGCCGACGCCGGCGCCCGACCAGCUCGCCGCAGGCUCGGCGCAGCAGUUCUCCCAGGAGCACCCUCCCGCGCCGAGCACGCCCGUCACGCGCUCGCAGGCCGGCUCGUCGCAGGGCCACGGCACCCUCGAGCAUGCGCGUUCGCCCUCGGCCGAGUCGCGCUACCGCCGCCAAGCCGCCGGCGACGCCGACCCGUACUCGUCUCCUGUCGCGCCCGCCGCCCCGGCCUACUCGGCGCACGCCCCGUCGCACGUCGUCGACGUCCCGAGCGGGCCCACCUCGCCGUCCGGGCCGACCUCGCCCAUCAACCCGGCGUUCGUCCACCAGCCGGCGCCUUCCUCGCUCGCGCCCUCGACUUUCGAGCCCGCCCCGCUCGCGCCCAAGUCGAGCGGCGACCGCCGACCGAUCCAGCUCCGCCAGCCGUCGGGCGAGGCGUCGCUCGGUUCCAAGUACGGCGACGUGUUCGUCCCUGCCCGAGCCGGCAUCGACGGCGGCGGGCCGUACUCGCCGGCGCAGCCGAGCCCGCGCAUCGCCUCGUCGUCCAACCCGGCCGACGCCGGCCUGUCGGGCUACUUUGCGCCGCCGUCGUCGAACGGCCCGCCGUUGACGCCCGGCGGCGGCGGCGGCGACCAGAAGCGCACAAUCGCCGCGAGCGCGUUCCGCCGCCCGCAGCAGGCGCCACCGCUGCAGCAGCCGCAGUACGGCGCGCCUGGUGCGGCCGGCUCGCGGUUCUCGGCGUCUGGGUAUCAGUACGACCCGGCGGCGGCGGCAGCUGCGGCGGCGGGGCUGGGCCCGAGCGAGAGCGAGCGCAUCGCCGCGCAGUGGCGCGACGCGGGUCCCCCGCCUGAGGGUUACCUCGGCGGCGAGGCGCAGGGCGCGCAGGUGCCGAGCUUCGACACGAGGCCGCUGCAGGUCAACAAGCAGCGGCAGGGCAGCAUGCCCGGCCCCGGCGGCGUCGGCAGGAGCGGAACCCUCCCGCAACACCUGAACGGCUCGCACGGCCGUGCGCCCUCGCUCGGCGCCGUCGAGCAGGCGCCGUACGGCGAGCCUCGCACGUCGAGCGAGGGCCUGCCGCGGCCCGCCCCGCCCGUCGGCUACGCGCCGCCGUCCACCGUGCCCCUGAGCCCCAGCUCGCAGGGCGGGUUCGCGUCGGACCGGUACGUGACGAGGCUCGACUGAGCGAGGUCGAGGUGGAAGAUGCGCGUGAAUCUACGUCGAGUCGCUGUCCAUACCCUUUGUUACCCCUACUCUCGUAGCUCUACCUCUCUGUCUGUGUCAUCCUAUUGUCCUGUCGCGA